CCUCUCGCUCGCGCCAUUAUAGCACGGCGCACGGCGCGCCUUCGGCCCCGAUCCACCCACUGCUCAAAGCAGAACGCCCAGCGAGCGAUGUCGAGGCCGAACCGGAGCGACGCGCACCUGUCCCCGGCGGACGAGGCGGCGCGGGAGGCCGAGGUGCGGGAGUACUUCGACGACGCGGCGCCCAAGCGCCACACCAAGCCCUCCCGCAGCGAGCACUCCGCCGUGUACGCCGACGCGAUCGUCCCGGACAGCUCCCACCCGGAGCUGGACAAGUUCCAAGAGCUCGAAGCCCACACCGAGAGACUGGUCUACGAGGGCGGCAAGGUAGGGGAGGAGUUCGUGGAGACCGAGUACUACAAGGACCUCGGCGGCGUCGGCAAGCAGCACCACACGACCGGAACGGGCUUCAUCAGGAUGGACAGAGACAAGGGCGCCUCGUUCAAGCUGUCCGAAGACCCCGACGCAGCGGAGCGCCAUGAUUCUUGCAAGGGGAACCCUGCUACCAACGAGUGGAUCCCGUCGGCUGACUCGGUGUACCCGGCGUCAGACAAACCGAGCAGAAGCGACAGCUGAGCAGCAUCCCCGGCCAUGAGAGAGAACUCAGAACAUGUGCUUCCACCAGCAAAAUAAGAAACCACACUGUUAUUCAUGAUUAAUGAUACCCUAUAUCUUAUUACUCCCUCCAUCUCAAAUUAUUAGUUGUUUUAAUUUUUCUA